CACCUUUUCCAGAGUAGAGGUUAAGCAACCUCUUCACCUACAGGCCUUCCACCUCUGCAACACAUCAUGAGUUCAUUGCAGUACCUCGGGUCUACUUCAGACUUCCUAAAUCUCGGCCCGGAUGCAGUCGUUAAGAUGCCUAAGAAGGUUUGGGGUGGGAACCCUAAUCAUGAACUUAGGAACGAAGAAAACGUGACCGCGCUGAAAGUUGAGCGGCAAAUCAUUGAAAGUCUAGGAAACCACCCAAGGAUUGUUCCAUAUCUCGGGCCAUACAAACAAACAGGUAUCAAACUGGCCAAAGCAGACCACGGCAACUUGCAAGCAUACAUCGAUAACAACAACCAACAUCUAGCUACUACUCUACGCUGGAAGUGGGUCCUACAGGCCGCCGAACCUAUCGCCUAUCUGCACAGCCAGGGUGUCAUCCAUUCCGACCUACGCCCCGAAAACUAUUUGGUACAUUCGGCGGAAUGCGAUCUCUGGCUGUGCGACUUUGGGGGAUCAAUGUGUGAGAAACUGGGAUUAGAUGGUGGCCACCUACCUGACGACCCGUUCUACGACCCUCGAUUACCAUGGGAGUCGACUCCUGCUACUGAUAUUUUUAGCUUGGGGUCCAUCUUAUAUACCAUCAUGACCGGACAUUGGCCCUUCAGGACCGGGCCAGCGCCACGUGGUGCUGAAAAGGACGCCUUCAUGGAGGAAGCAAAUAAAUUCUUUGCAGCAGGGCAAUUUCCAGACAUAUCUAAUGUUCCCGGUGGGAAGGUUAUCAAGGGGUGUUGGGAUCAUACAUACAGCUCAGCUGACGAAGUGGUGAAGGCCAUCAGGCUGGAAAUGGCAAGGAUGAGCAUGUAGGGGACUUUCCUUCUACGCUUUCUUCACGCUCGCUAAGACGUAGAAAUCGGACAGCCAGUAGGAGUCGCCGGUAUAUCAGCUCUCUGGAAGUCCAGACCGUCGCUUUAUCGGGAAGAUCUCUCUUAAAACUAAAAACGAAUGUAGUGCCAUUGGAUGAACCCGAGUUGGAAUUAAGUAAAUGAUCCUCCGGUUGCCGUAAGUUUCGUGGCUUUAGGAGGUUUCUCGAACUUAUCGCUGGUUUCAUACGUGGUCUUCUAUCUAACGAGAAGGUUCUAGCCGCUUUAUAUUUCUCUUAGCAUUUAAGUUAUUGUAAUAAACCUCUACUUAGUGGUCUAAAUAAGGGCUUAUUACUCUAGACUUUAUCUUAAUAUAUAAGGUAUAAAGAUUAUAAAUACAUAAGGUAUCUAAGAC